ACAUUCUGCAUCCCAAUCCCGGUCGUUCGCCGGCACGUUCCGCCACGUUCCUCGUUCCAUGUUUCACACGCUACACCACAGUCGACGACCGCUCGCGUUUCUGCAAUGUUUGCUUCUGCACAUGUCAAGUUGCCUGCUGUCAUGCACACACAAACACCCGCACCCUAGCCGUACAUGUACACGCCGCAACUGCCGCGGACAGUUUCGCACACAGUCGAAGGGAAAAUAUGGCGAGUUGAAGUCGUGAGUCGUGUCUGCGUCGAAUUCAGGUCCCAGUUUUGCGGGUCGAAAAAUGCAAAUUUUCGAGAACGAUUUAAAUUAAAAGUGAUCACUGACGAACCGGUAAAGGUGCCGCUUGCAAUUUCUGGUGAGAGUGCGACGGUUUUGUGUUUGAGUGCGUGUAAUAAGCGACAGGACCGUGCGACCGCGGCGGUUCCGUUCUAUUGCGGGCCCGUUGGAACUGGCCAUUGAGCUAGGCCCGGUUGGGUCCUCGUUGGGGGCGCCCGGGGAUCGUCCGUGCCCCUCGCUGCCAGCACCCAGCGGCCCGCGCUAGCGAGUGUGAAUGCGAAACGCGUCCAGUUCUUGUGUUUUUUGUUUGACAUCUUGGAGCUGUCAAAAUUCUGUAUUUUGCAUGGAUCCUUUGGGGGCCGCCAGGAGCCGAUUAGCGGUUAAAGCUCGUAGCCGAUACCAGGCUGCGAAAAGGUCUCCUUCGUCAGAAUGAGUCGUCCAAGGAGGCCACUGUGGGCCUUGUUUCCGGCAGAUCAACGGCUGUUUUCAAUCCGAGCCGCCGAAACGGGCGAAAAGUCCUUAUCCUGGUCAGGUCCUUUCCUACCUCCAAGCCCCAAUCCUCGAUCCUCCGCCGCCCAGCCCAGAAAUCCCACCUCAGACGGCAGAUCCCUGUACAACUGGCUCGAAUGGCCAGGAUCCCUGUUUGUUUUGCCAAAUUAUUGAAGCGCGAAAACGCGAAUUUGUGCCAAAAAUUGAUUUUCUGUUGUCUCGGGGAAUUAUGUAAAGAGCAAGUAAAAAUAUCUCGGAAUCGUAAUUGCUUCAAAAAAUAGUGGGUCUGGCUGCAAUUAAGCAAUAAUGUGUAGUCGAAAUGAUAAGAAAGUAGCGAGAAACGGGAAAGAAUGCGGCGAGCGAGCCAAUGUUUAGCGAAAUUUGUAAAAUUUGUAAAGGACGGGCGCAGAGCAUGCACCUGUCCUCCUCCUCCUUUCUAUGUUCACCUUGACCGCAGCCGCUUGUAGGGAACCAGCUUCGAGAUUAGUUUCGGUGUUUUCACCUCUGUUUUCUGCUUUGGUUUUUUUCUCUUGUUAUUAUGAUACUAAGUCGCGAUAUUGCAACGGAGGCUAUGAACUCAGCCCAUCGUCAUCGCCGGCCCCUCUUCGCAGCUGUCGUCGUUGGAGCUCUACGCGCGAAAAUGUUUUUGGAUUACAUUCCCCGCCGUCACCAGCCAGCUAAUAUUCGGCUGGGACAAUGAUUUAAAGCAUAAAAUUGCUUGACAUAUCUAUCACUCCAUUGCUAUGAGAACAGUUGACCUUUGGGCUUUAAGAGAAAGUUCACCCUUUACUAAGAAAUGGGUUGUCUGGGCAGUAAAGAUCGUCUCACAAAAGAGGACAUGGAAUUUUUAAAAACACAUACAAGAUACGAUGAGGCUACGAUAAAGGAAUGGUACAAAGGAUUCAAGCAAGACUGCCCAAAUGGUCGACUGACACCAGCUAAAUUCGUCGACAUGUACAAAAUGUUUUUCCCUUCUGGUAAUGCCGAAGAAUUCUGUGAUCACGUAUUUAGAACGUUUGAUAUGGAUAAAAAUGGAUACAUCGAUUUUAAGGAAUUCCUUUUGGCAAUCGAUGUCACGUCAAGCGGUACACCAGAAGAGAAACUUAAGUGGGCCUUUAGAAUGUACGAUGUCGACGGCAAUGGAGUGAUAGAUAUUCAAGAAAUGACAAAAAUAGUACAGGCAAUUUACGAUAUGUUAGGGGCAUGCUCAUCAAAUCGUCCAGCCGAUUCAGCUGAGGAACGGGCCAAAAACAUUUUCGCGAAAAUGGAUGAAAAUAACGACGGGCAAUUAACACAAGAUGAAUUUUUAAAAGGAUGUCUGCAAGAUGAAGAAUUGUCGAAAAUGUUGGCGCCAUAAAAAUAGAAAGCAAAAGAAACAAUUUACAAUAAAUAAUUCCUUCUCUCCUUUUUAUAUAUAUAAAUAAAUUGAGUAAUAAUCCAAGUAAUAUUGUAAAGCGAUAAGAAAAAAAAGGUGGAAAACAUUUUCGCUAGAUGUUAGGCAGAAUAGAAACAGCUGCAUGAUGGGGUGGUAAUUGUUGUGUUGUUUUGUGGAAAAAAAAAGUGAGUAAAUAGUAUCUCAAUGCAUUCUUUUCUCAUUAAUUUUUAAGUAUAUUUUGGGGUUGUUUGCCAGGCGGAAAAAUUAACAGAUAAAUAGCUAGACAUUAUAUACAAGGAAAAUAUCCUGUGGACUCAUUUCCAAUAUGGUCUAAAGAUUUGUUUCAGAGCCCCAAAUUGACGAAAAGGUAUCGUGCAAUGACUUGUAAUAUGAUCAUUAAAAAGAAAAAUUAAAAUAAUAAAAAAAAAUGAAUAGUCGUGACAAGUAAGAAGGGCAAAAGCCAAUACUUAAUCACUUUGCAAGGGAUUCCGACAACAUCAUACAUCGAUUAUAUUAACACAAAAUUCGAGAAGGACAACAGAUCCUUAUUCUGCUGCAAUAUUGGAAAUUUCAAAAAAUAAAUUCAUUUAAAAAAAUAAAAUUAAAGGGAAGGGACUAAAAUUGAGGAUGUACUUAUAAAUAUCUGCCAGUGAAACUAAACAACAAAAAAAUGUUAAUCUAAACGGCACAAAGAAAAAUUUGAAAAUAUAUAUAUAUAUAUAUAUGAAUAUAUAAGAAAAUCCUAGGUUUAAGUGGAACAAUUUAUCCAGUGAAGGAACCAUAGAAAACCACAAGUGGAAUAACAGAGAAUCCCACUUAGUUCACCAAUGCUGUAAAUAUUCAAUGAAUCAUAUACGAAUCUAAUUAAUAUUUUUUUAAAAUCAAUUUAUUAUGAAUAUUCAUACUUUAAAUUAAAUUUAAAUAUGAAUAGAAGAAUGGAACAAGCAGCAAAAAUGAUAAUCAUAAUUUACGCGUGUGUUAAGAAAACACCAUCUUCUCUUUGUGUAAGAGUCAUGAAAAUAUUAUUCUAGGGAUCUUCAUAUUUCAUUCUUGAUAUUUUCUAAUGUAUUCAGUUUUGAACGAUACGCAUAAUUCGAAAUGAAAGGAAUUUAAAAUGAAGGGUGUCCAAUUUAUCCAAGUCCAUUAUUUCCGUGGGAAAGACAGGAGAGAAAUGAAAUAGUAGAUUCUCGGUAGCGCAUUCAGGCUUUAUCGAGUUGAUUUACUGUCAAUGUUGGUAUAGAGUUAUACACAUAUGUUUUGCACUUUGAAAUUCUAGUCCCAGGAUUUCAAUAUGAAUGAUGUCGGGGCUAAACGCUCAAAUAACGUGUUCAACUGAAAGUUCUACACCGUUGAGGAAGCCAACGUUAAGCCCUUGAUUUGUGUUGUUUAGUUGGGAUCCAUUAUAAAAUUAGUUUCAAAGUUGCAUGUACACGUGUAUCCCUUAUGCAGGUACCCCUAAUCCAAACUAAUUGCAUCUAGUGAAAUUUUGACCAUCAGUGAUAUUUUAUCUUUAUUCACCAGAGUAUUAAAUUGAGAUGGAUUUAAACUUCAGAAGAUUUAUUUUGCAUGGGAAUGUUCAUGCACAAUCUCCUGUUUAAAUCUAACAUUUUUGACAUUGACAUUUUUUCGGGUAUCCAAAACUCUGCAUUGAAUUGUUUAGAUUCAUUUAUCAUGAUAAGAGUACUUUAAUUCUCAUAACCUUGGAUGGUUUACUACAACAUUCGAUUGUUUAUUAAUUCAUGUAACUAAGGAUAUCUUACGGGUAACAAUUAUUUUGAAAUGAUCAGUACCAAUAAUCAACCCAUUUAAUAGUUGGGGUUAUUUUUCCAAAUUGAACAACUAAUAAAAAAUGUAAAGCUUUUUGCAUGAUCUGUAAAAAAUACUACAAAAGCUGAUAAUCUUACAAAAAAUUAUCAAAUAUCUAUAAAAGCAUAUUACGCUUUUUAUCAAUUAAUUUUCACUUUGAUCGUAAAUAUCUAAAGCUGAAAACAUUGGAAAAUAUCAAAAAUCAAUCAAUUAAGGUAAAAAGUAUAAAGAAAUAUAUAUCUAGGGAAAAAUAAUGAAAUUAUAAUAUUUAUAUACAUUUCAUUCUUAUGCACUACCAUUAAAUUUAAAAAUUAUGAUAGUUUUACACAUAAAAAAAAAUGAAAGAAAGUACUAAGAAAUAACUUUUUUAUACAUAUACAUACCAUAACAUGCGAAGACGCGUACAAUUUUGCGAUAGUAUAUAAUGUAAUCGUAACCUAUACAUUUUUUUCCUAUACUUCUUACUUUAAUUUUAAUAUCCAUGUAUAUAUAUUUCGGUUAUUUACAUAAUGCAAAGUUAGCAAAAUACAGGAGGAUUCCAAAGAGGUAAAUAAACAAUGAAUUUUUAGUCGUGUAACAUGAAUACGUUGACAAAUGAACACGUAAUUAUUUCUGUUCAUCUUUCUUUCUAUAUAAUCUGAAAUUUAUGUGUAUUAUCUUCAAAUAUAAUUUCAGAUAAAUGAAUCGAUUUCCUAUCAGCUUGACGUAAUCAUGUUGGUUUUCGGAGAGAAUUUUAGUAAAUUUUUACAUUGGCUUGAAUCAAAAUUAUAAUAACUGUGGAAAUUGGAAGGCUAUGGGCGAAAUAUUCUACUGAAACAUAAUAUAUAAUAUAAAAUGUUAUAAUACAUAAUAUAAAAUAUUAUAAUAUUUUGUUUUAUAAAAGGGACAAUUUUAGAACCAUUUCCUCUUGACAACAAGUAAGGUUUUUACCAGAUAUUUUCUUCUUCUUCAGCCUUUGUUCUGUUUACAACCCGGUGCGGUUUUUCUUGAUCGGUUGCACCAUUUUCCUCUGUCGAAGGUCUAAUUUGGAUGGAGUCGCGAGGCUUUCAAAUCACCAUCCAGCGUUUCAAGCCACUAUUUUUUCGACCGACCUUUUAUUUGUUUCCCAUUGACUUCGAUUCGAAUUCUGGGAAGUGAAUUCUCGUCACCGCAGAUUAUGAGACUAUACCCUUUCGUAAUUUUUCCACGAUCGGUGGAACGUCAUAUCGAUCGUGGAUAUCCUCAUUUCGGAUGUGAACAAGGCGUGUCACCCCCCGGGUCCAACGCAACAUUUGCGUCUCCGCUAUCACGAGGUGCUGUUCAUUGUCUUUUAUAGUCAGCCAAAACCUAGAACCAGAUGUACAACUAUGAAAUUGCGGAUUUUUUCCAAAAGGACUAUUCCAUUUCGGAAGAAUUUUGAAAUUGUUUCCCUUCCAGGCGAAUCAUUCAUUGAAUCAUUUUUUCACAACUUCGUACGAACCAAUGCGUUGUGUGCAACCCUUUCAUGCAAACAAUCGGUAAUCUAAAAAAACUAAACUUGGUGUUUUGGGGCUCUUCCAUUUCCGUCUCGUUCAACUCGUGUGGUGCACAUCUGCCAAUCUUCUGAACUUUUCCAAUCUUUCGUAUGCAUUUGGAAAAAGCUUAUUGACUAACCCUCAAUUGCUCUGCGAAUGGUUUUUAUAUUUGAUUCAUCUUCGUCCAAAAAUAACUGCUAUUCCACAUCUUCGUACCUUUUUGGCAGUUUUCUGCGUUCCUCGACUAUCACGUCGAAGUCACCACUUUUGAAACGCCGAAACCAUCGUUCACGCAUAUUGUGUGGUAGAGGGUGCUUUCCAUAUGUUUUUCAAAGUGAGCGGUACAAUUAGACAGCAGUUUUAUUCAAAAGAAAGGGCAAAAUAUUAAUGCUCUCCGUGAAUGCUCCUUAUUUGGUGGAAAUUUCGACGUAUUCAAUAUAACACUAUGCGCACACGUUUUCAUUUUAUCACGCAGGCUCCUUUGAUACUUGUGGAUGGCCGAAUGGCACAAAUGUCAAACCUUUAUGCCAUACAAUGCAUUGGUGGGCUAUGUGUCUUCUCAAAUCCGCGGCAGCAUCAAGUAGUUUAGUUCAGUUUGGUUGAAGGCCGCAGUUCCCAAACACUCAGGCCUUUUGUUAGGCCCAUUUUUCUAUCCCUAUAAAUGGUCCCCCGUUUGCUGAAUUCGCUGGCUUUUACAAGUUUGAGCACAUCUUCCAGAAGUAGAGGAUGCGCAGAUUCCUCAUUAAAGAAAACCUUAGCGAGAUUUUUGGCAAGCCAGUCUAUCGGCCUCCCCAUUGUUGGCGAUGUUCGAGUGCCCUGCUAUCCACAUCAGGAAUGUUCCCUUCAAUUGUGUAUACCUGGUAACGGACAAAGUUUUUCGUUCUUUGCAUUUACUUUAAGCAAAAUUCUGCCUGAAUCCUCACUAUUCUAGAGUUCAUUAUGCGUCAGUUUUCCAUCGAUUUCAGCACCUCCUGGAUAAUAUUUUGUGGGAUUAUCGUAGCCUUAGAGCCUCUUUUAAAAUCCGAGCGAAAUUAGGAACAGUGGAAUAUGCUAUGCUCUGGGUUCUCAGGGACGCUUUUGCAUUCAUGGACAAAGAUAAAAUCAUCCAGUCUGAAUAUGUGUGGAGUGUGCAUUUCCUGCAACAACCAUGUCAAGAAUUCCUAUUUUUGACGUAUCGUGGAUAAGCUUAGAAUUUAGUGAACAAACCAUCCCACCCUUUGUUGUCACCUUUCUAGUGACACUUGUCUAUUCGCUUCUCAGCAUUUUCUUCCUUUUUCAGGAGGUCAACUCUGUUUUUGUCGUACAGAUAACGCGCCUCACUUACUAGUGGGUUCAUUGGGAGCAUUUCUACAAUAAUGCAUGCUGGCUCGCCUGGGGUCAUCCCGAAGUCAGUCUUACAAUCUAGUGCUUCCUCACAGACCUGCACUGCGCGACCAAUUUCUACCCUAUUGCAGCCAUAACACAAAUGACCUUUGGAAUUGAACUUCGCCUAAAUUAUCAGCCCAGCAAAGGAAAAUACCGCACGACACCGCUAAGUAUAUCCCGUCGAUUAAAAACAAUUUUUUACUAUGGCAGACCACCGGUAUACCUUCUCAUAAAGGAAGACCUGUUGUAGAUGGCCACUUACAACACAUAUUUCCCAUUGUGUCUAUAAGGCAGGUCGCCUACUGUGUCUAAGGCAGGUCGAGCGGGAUAAUGAUGUCUCAGUGGCGCUUAUUUGGUUUCAGCAGUUAGACUUCUGCCGUUUCCACCAAAUGGCGGAAGCCCCUUCCACUAUGCAUGCUUGGCAAGCCAAACCUGGUCUUGACAGCGAGGUUAAGUGCUUUCUUGAGAAUGGUAUCCGAACCUGGAGCUUUCUCAUGUCUGCUUCCUUGGCAAAUUUUUGCCAGUUGCUGCAGAUAUGGUGAAGACAGCCUAUUGCAAUUUAUACUUUUUUUGCAAUCCUUUCGGGAAGAGAGCAUUCACACUACAUUGAAGCGAAGAUGAUGGCCCUUUGAGCUUCUAGUUUUGAAAGUAUUCACGCUGGCCAGUGCGUAUGGACUUUUUUAAGAAUUCCCUUUCAGAUUCGUGUCUGCUUUGUUCUCUCUCUCCGCCUGAUUCGCUGGUAAAGUUUCUUACUUGGAAGCAUGUGACCCCUCAUGAGUACUUCCGUUUUGUGUCAUGCUUCUUGUUAGUUGUGCUUUUCAUUCUGUAGCCAUGUCUUCGGAAUUAUGGUAUCCUAACAGCACGUUUCCGAAUGCAAGCCUCUCAAAUGCUUUCACUGGUCAAACCGGCAUUCUAACACUCUCUUUGCGAAAUGGCUCUCUGUCGUAUGAUUUAUUUUUGAUUUGAAGGCAAGUUGUCUGCUAGUUACUGUGUUCACUAGCCCAUUAAACCAUCUCUUUCGCUAAUGCGUUACACACAUAUAUAAGUCGAUUAUUUAGCCUGAGCCUGUCCCUUGGACAUUGGAUACUUUUCCCGUAUCUGGAAGCACUAUAUUCAAUAUUGGGGACUGAGUCGCUGGUUUUUGCAGUUCAAUCGCUUUAUUCUGUAUGCCAAAGGAACGAAGACAUUUGGUGAUAUUCGGUGGCUGCCUCGCUAGGAGAAGAAUAGCACGUGUAGAUAUAAACAUUAACUUUUAUUGCCCUGAUGAAUCGCUCCUCCGGAAAUUUUUCUCUUUCUUCGAUGGCUUGAACUGCACAAGCCUGAAUUGCUGUCGUAUUAGAUAGAUCAUUGACUAAGACCCUGUCUAUCGUUGUUAUGUAAAUGAGUCUCUCAGCUUAUGGCCUCUCCAAUAUCUUUCAGACAGAUAGCUAGUGUAAAUGGGUCUUACGCUGCCUCGCAAUGGUUGAAGUUGAUUUGUGUCAACUUCAUCUAUUCAUUGUACGCAUAUAUUCGAGAUUCUCUAAAAUACUGGGUCUCUGGCAUCGCCUGCAAAAUGCCAGCAGUCGACUUUCUCGUCGAGCUACUUCCCCUUGCGAGUCAUAGAUUCCAGAGCUGCUUUCCACUCUUUCUACUUGUCGGGAGAUGUUGUCACCUCCAGUAUCACAUCUUCCUAUUGCAAACGCCUAAUUUGCUUGACAUUUUCUUCGAGGUUCGUCUACUACCGAGCGGAUUGAAAUUUCCCGGUAAAUGCCUGAGUCAGCUGGAACAUAUUUUUUGGAAGUAGUAACUAAUUCGGAAUCUAUUUUAUUUUUAUUGGUCAUUAUUUCCUUUGAUCCCCUCUUGAUCCAUGAUCCUGUAGUUAUUUUCUGAAACUUUAUUUGCAGCCGUUGUGAUGGUUGUGAUGGCUACUUUUUUGGGCUUCCUGUUUUUUCUGUGAGAAGCCUUUCUAUUGAAGUAUCUUCCUUUAUUCUUUAGCAAAACUACAUUCUCGCCAUCUGCUUCCUUCCCAGCAAUUAUAUAACUCAGUCUUUACGCACCCUUCAAAAUAUCCGCCUCUGGAGCAUUUUACAGUUCGUAUCGCUCUUUAACUUUUGUAAGUCACUGCUAUCAAUUGUUGUUGGGCUUUCGAGUGAUUCUAAGGCAGAACUUACGCUUUAGGUCAGAGGCACCACAUACAUUCACGCUAUGAAUGCUUGCUGACCUGGAACCUUGUGUCUCUGAGUGUCCUUCCUUCCUACUUGCGAAACUUCUGGACCCUUUUGCAUCUGAGUCGAUAAUUGACUACAAUCUGCGAAGUUGAAUGUUUUCGAAAUCUUUUUAAUGCAAAUGACCCUUGGCUAAUCCUUAUGAGAUUCUGUUUUCACUGAAUCAACAAUUCCCACAUUGUCGCAUUUUGAAGUAAUCUCGAAGUCUGCUCUGAGUUUUCUCAAAAACCCUUUUAGGGCUAAGAAAUUGGUCUCCGUCAAGCCUUCGUCAACAUACAAGACCAGUUAUAACUUCUGACCUUUUUCUUCUCAUAUAUAAAUAACAAAGGAUCCAUUUUGCCCCUAGUUCAUUAGAAAGCAGUAAUCUCUGUGUCAAGGGUCAUCUCUGUGAAAAGGAUCUUUCAGCAGUUUCUUUACACUCAUGAUCUUGUAAUUCAAUUUGAGGAUUGAAGAAAUCCUCUGUCCCCAUUUACUUCUUCCACUCAAGUGGUCCACGGACCCUUUUUUUUUUAAAGAAGGACGACUGGCGGCAGAGGGUGCAGCAUUUUAUGAUUUGCCUCUACCUUGGACGAAACCGUCAGUGACCCGUUUUGCAUUUCAGGUUUAUAGGGUGGUCUUUCCAGAGUCGUUUUGAUAUUACCCAUUUCUAGACAGAAUGACAUUGUGCUCUUUCCUGAUGUAACGUCUCUUAUGUUGGAGAAGUUCGCAUAAUAUACGACUUUGUCCUGAAUGGUGUUAGUAAGGAUCAUCAGAGCAACAAUCCUCAGGACAAUGCUGACCACAUUGCCUCCAAGCACACCGUUAUUUUCUAGAAAUAAAGCCCUACAAUUGAUUCAAGCAUGAUUCCUUAAUUCAAGAGAAUAACAUCACAAUAUUGUAUCUCAAUAAAUUCUCUCCGAAACUAUCCAAAUUUCUAUAUUAACACUUGCAUUAGAACCGGCACAAAUUCGCUUUAUGUAUAUAGAAAUAAAAAAAAAAUUCUUAAAUCGCAAUACAUAGCCCUAAACUAAUUCCGAAUACUAUUCUUGAUAGCUGCUCGGCACAUGCAAAGUUUUAAAUUUUUGGGAAAUCUUUAUGUGAGUGUUCAUAGAUAAGAUUUAAAGUUUUCAAACGAGAAAAGAGCAAAGAAACCAAUGAAUUCCACCCUAGGAUCAACCAAUAACUCGAAAUAAAAAGAUAAUAAAACUUUGCAAUUGACAACAACAAGUUCACUAAAUGUGAGAAUAAUAAAUAAUGAAAAAAGAAAAAAAUAAACUCGAAUCACUUAAUUCUCACAAUCAAAAUUUAUGGGCCAGGGAUAAAAAAGUAAUAGAGAUAGUAAACGAUAUUAACUAAAAGUCCUUUUGCAUCCAUAAUUCACGUGGAAAUAACGCUUACAAAUAAAUAUUAUAAGGUAAGAAUGCUUGUGCUUAAUUUUUAAGUUUUUAUCCUGUGAUUGUUUGCGGGGAAUCGAGCAACAGUUCUCAUCAGUCAAUUGAAAAAAAAAAAUCUCAGAGAUAUCCGGGUGUAGAAUUACAUCACUUCUGUCAUUGUCCGUUGAUUUUUGAUUUAAUUUUAAGAUCAGAACCUUUGAUUCCUAAAGGGCUGUUGAACUAAUAUUUUUCAGUCAGUAAGUCAUGGAGAACACUUUGAUCCUCCUUAAAAUCCCACACUUCCGUGCCUACAUAAUGGAGCGAAAUGUUUUUGGCAAAACCAGGUAAAAGGAAAUUCUGAGAUGCAUUUAAGUCACCUGCUGUAUGGCAAUUAUUAAGUGGGGAGCGUCCUUCUCUUGCCAUCGUAUCAUCAUCGUCCUGCCUUAAUAAGGAACUCCAAACAUCCCGGUUUUGUGCCGAGGUCCACCAAUUCGAUAUCCCGGAAAGCUGUCUGGCGUCCUGACCCACGCCAUCGUUCCAUCUCAGGCAGGGUCUGCCUCGUCUUCUUUUUCUACCAUAGAUAUUGUCCUUAUAGAUUUUCUCGCCUGGAUCAUUCUCAUCCAUACGGAUUAAGUGCCACCGUAUACUGCGUAUAAUACUUUCAUGUACUUUUACUACGAAAUAAAACAACGCACGACUCGAUAGGAUUCAAAGAUCUUGAAAUCACUUCUCACUUCCUUCCUAAUGGCCUUUCAGAAGUCCUCAGUCAUAUCGGAUGGAUUUGUUCUUUCUUUUUAGUAAAUACAAUUCACCUCAUCCACUACGAGCUUUAUUGGAACGAGGCCUGUGAUGGUUUAUACUGUUUGACCCGAUUAUGUCUUAAAUAUGAGUAGAUUGAACUGAAUUGAAGCUGAAUUAGGUCCCUUUUUAAUGGGGGGCCUGAUAGGAUCUGAAUAUAAGAGGGAGGGUCACAUUCUUUCUAGGAAUGAGCUAGUCCUUGCUGCCUUCUCUUUCCAUGAUUUAAGUGUCACCUAAAUUCAGCUUGAUAUCAGUUACUUUUUAACAACAAACUGGGGUACUGCAGUUGUUGAUAGGGACCACCUCCAUCUUUCCUUCCAUCAAGUCCAGUUUGAUAUAAUUUUUAAUAUUUGAUGGGUUUAACUUGAAUAAAAUUCACGCAAUCGAUUAAAAACUCAAUAUAGUUGCAUGGGAGUCCUAGUGAAUUUUUGCCAUAACAAUGUAGUCUUUCGAUCCGUUAUGUUGUUAUGCAUAUUUAUCGCUCGACGUCCUUCUGACUCCCGAGUAGUUUGUUCUUCAAACACAAAUACUUUCCCAAUUGUAACGUCUAAAAUCUUGUAGCGAGAGCUAUUUCGGCUACUCUGUCAACAUUCUUGUUGCAACCUCUCUAAACUUAUCAGAAAUAUACCCUUUUCAUAAGUUCCAGCGAAGCGUAUAAUAUACUUUCCUGUUUCUAAAAAUCCAUUACCGUUUUCAUCAGGAUCGAUGAAGAUGGUGUGAUAGUCGCAUGUGGUCAAUAGUGCUCACUCACAUGUCAGAUGAUCUUAGUUAGUUUAGUUUACUGGGGGGCCAUUGUUAGGCCCAUUGUACUAUCCCCGUAAAUCAUCCAUUCAAUGGCUUCCCGCCUAAGGCGUUCGCAGGCUUUAGCGAAUCUAAAAACAUUCUCCAGAGGCAGAGAGUGUGCAGAUUCUCCAUUGAAGAAAACCUUGCCAAGGUGUCUUCGUCUGGGAUCUCAGGAGGCCGGACAGCUACAUAAAAAAUGUAGGGUCGUCUCCUCUUCCUCCUCACAUUGGCUGCACAUAGUCCAAACCACCAUCCCAAUCUUUUCCAUACAGUAGUUUAAGGGCCAGUGUCGUGUUAAAAGUCUUACAAGGGUUUUCAUGUCCCACUUCUCACGGGUCAACAAAAAUGCCGCUUUAGUGACCCCGGGCUCUUUCACAAGGAUUUCCGCCUACCGGUAAGAGUCCAAAGCCGAGUGGGCGUGAAUCCUUGCAAUUUCACCCUUUAGAGUAGACUUGACAAUCCGGCCAUCCGGAUUCCAAAACCUGGUUCUUGCCCCACCAUUGUGGAUCCAGACCCUCGGCGAACUAGUAUGUCAGCCUCCUUAUUACCAGCGAUAUUUGAGUGCCCCGUGCCUGACCCACAUCAGGAAUGUUUCAUUCAGUCGACUAAGUUCCAUCUGAUAAGAACUCCACACCAACUGGCUUGAUAUGUCGUUGCUGUUUAGUGCUGAUAAUGCCGCCCGACUUCCGGAACAGAUUCGAAUGGUGUGCAGCAUAUAUAUCGUGAACAGUUUUUUUCAUAUAAGGUUUUCCAGUGAAUUUGUGAUGUCAAACAAUCUUUUGAAGCCAACAGUUAUGAAAUAUUAUUGGGAUGAUCCCUGAAAGGUCUUAGCAUUUCACACGGAACUGCCUAAACCCUGAGACUCAAUAUUCCACUUUUAUAAACUAAACUAAGAUCUCUACAAUGAUGGUAGUAUCGAUGGCUGUCAAAAUAUUAAAUAACGUAGCGUUUUCUGCUUUGAAGUUUUAACUUCAUAAGAUUGGCUGGCUGCAGGCUUACAUCAAGUCAAUAAUUUCUUGGCGAUUAUCGUAGGUUAGGUAGACCAUCGAAGUUAGCCUUUCCCCUAGGCAGUGGUCAUACAUCCAACGUAGACAAGUGUUUUAUUUGACUUUAAAAAAGCUUCCCAUAGGAUUCCCCUUGGUCAGUACCAACAUUUGCUACGCAUAUACCCAUAUCGUGCCGUUGUCCAAUGCAUCUCACUUUUGGCAAGCCAUUACUUAACCUAGAUUUCACAUGUAAAGUUCAUUUGCACCAUCCAUGACGUGAUUGCAGCAGAAGGAGUAACCAAUGGCACUUAUAAAAAGUCUUCUCGAAAAUGUUGCCAUCUGAGUAUUUGCCAAGUAAUGUGAGCAGAUUCUCUUCUCCAUAGUCGCCUGGCCUGUUCGUCGACCGGUUUAUUUUACGCUAGGCGCCUAGACUGAUCAGUUCAUCCCUGCGCUGAUUUACCAGCUUGGGGGAUGCUGCUAUCUUGCAGGCUAAGCGGUUAAACAAGGUCGCAUAGUCCCGACAGAACAUACAGCUGAAUUCUUUUGAGCAGAUUCCUGCAUUAUGAUAGAUGGUAGGGAAAAUUAUGUCUAUGCCCAUUCAUAGAAUGACUUUCGUACGAAACCCCUACUUUCUUUUGAAGGUCUUUUUACAAGUGUAGAAAGCUACGUAGAUUUUCCAAGCCGCAGUAUAUUUUUCCGAGGCACCGUUCAAAAUCUCAGUGAAAAACAAAUAAUGAACACGAAUUGCAGAAACAUCACCGCUUUCUUGGUACAUACUGCCAUCCUCACCAGGUCCUUGUCUAGUUUCCUUAAGAUUUUAUCCUUGACUAUUAGUUAGAGUAUCAGAGAGUUGGUGCCGCUUGGGGUUGACCCUCUACUAAUGGUUCUGGUUAAAUGGCUGCCCCACAGAUCUGUUUGGAUUAUUUUAUCGUAGAUACUAUUCAGCGCAUAACUCAUCUGUCCAACCUUAUUUAGGUUAGAGCCUUGUGUAAUCCUUUAGCACUAACAUUUGCUGCAUUUUCUAUGACCAGGAAUGCAAGUAACAUGCUUAUGGUAUAUCGCCCUGUCUAUUGCGCUCAUUACCUUACGAAGGAUUAUAUCUCUGUAGGUAACGUAAGGUAGAUAUGACGAGGGUCAGAAAGCAUUUCAUUGCCGAUCUUAAAUGAAUGUCUAGGAUGUGCUCUAGCAUUUUCAAAAUUGCAUAAAGAACAUAAGACUGAUCGGCCUACAUAAAGCCUUCCACCGCUUCAUGAUAAGGGGUGCCUGGCUCCGAUUUGGACACUCUACGUAUGCCCCUACAGGAAUGCGGUACGUGCUUACCUGGAAUACGGCUCGGAAAAUUAACUGACCACAUAACUAAGUUUCUAGCUCACAGACCCUACCGCUUGUUUAGAAAUUCAUUCGACCUAGUAGUUUUUCUAUGCCUCACAUGGCUAUAUUCGAAGAAAAAACGGCAUCCAUUCUUGGCUUGUCUGUGGAUCCUUUCCCUCUUAAACUUCAUAUAAAAUCUUCCACAAUCAAUUCACAUGUCCAUUAAAGAUUGUCUUAACUAGUGCAGUCAUUGCAAAUAGACGGACGGUAAAUCGAUUUUAAAUGGAUGUCAAAGGAAGGAAGACUGAUUGGUCUAAAGUCGUUUGCGGUCUCAUGACCAAAGCAUUCCUUUCUUUUGCCGCUGUGUUCAGUAUUUUGGCAGUAGUUCAACCAGGAUCGUCUCUUGAUGGCUCUCUUUUAUAUCUUUAAACAGUCUGUCAGUAUUUAAGUUUGUAGAUCUGUUGCAAGCAUAAAUAUAAUGCAGACCUUGCAAAUUAUCUUCACCAUCAAGAUCAGAAAUGUCUUGACUUCACUACGGCGGUACUGUGUCCUUGCUGUAUUUCAUUAUAACCUUUGACUUCAAUUUAGUUCUAAUAAAAUUAAAUUCCGGUCAUUCUAAAACCUUUGGGUGGCUAAGAAGGAUUUAAGAUGAGAUUCAAAUUAAAGAAUAUCCACCUGUGAUUUGAGAAAUAUCUCUUACUGUCAGAUAGUACCCUCCCACCCAUAAAACCUCAUAAAGCUGCUUACAUUCGUUGAUUUUCGAGCUUUACCAAAUUCAUAGAUAUGGUGUUGUAUACUAAAUGCUGUAGCUCGUCAGGUGGUGCUGUUGUUGGAUGAUGAAACAUCUAAAUCUUCUGCUCGCAUCGCAAAUCGCUACAUCUUUAGUUAUGGAAGCUUUUCCCGACUAUCGACAGGCUCUGGGUUCAUUCCGAUAGAUAUAUUGUCAAUUAUGCCUUACUUUUAUAAUCAAACCUCCAAUCCAGGGGUCCAUAUUAGUGCAACGCCAAAUUUUUCUUCCCUGAAGAAACCAUAUCUUUAGUCAUUCUUAAGUCAUGUGGAUAAUGUAGACAGACUCUUCUUUCUUUAAUACUUCCUAGUCUUCUAUAAGGAUCGCAGAGCUGUGAAUUUUGAAAAACAAAAAUGGAAGGAAUGCAAUUCUCCUAAAAAUCUCAUUAGCUGAAACUAACUCUCUCAAGAGAACUGCUUCUUACAUGUUAUGGGGUGGUGCCCAUUGAGAGAGUCAAAAUAUGGGAUAAGUCUUCUCUUAUCGUGACGAUAUGAUGGUUGAGGUUGUUGGGGAUCAGCCUUUCGAUCUCGCUACCUGUGCUUUGAACUCCUAUUUGCCAUGGAUGUCUGUGUUCGCCCUUGUGUUGUACUACCGUAGCCUUAUCACUUGCAUAGUCAUACAUAAUUUUGGGUGUAAUAAUGAAACUAGAGAAAAAAAAACUAUAAAAAGAUAAAGGUGAGUGAAGAAAUGGCUUAUCCUCUAUAAAGGAGUGAACAGAAGACAAGGAACUGCUCAAUGACCAUUUCAGACAGCUCGGGCCCCUCACUGUUUCACACCUUUCGCAACAGUUUUUCACUUGUUAAAUGACCGUUCACCAGCGCUAUCUGAAAAUAUCAUCUGUUCGGUUUCAGUACUCUUGCCUUUGCGUGAUUGAUUUCCUUCUGAGGUCGAUAACACAUUGCUGAAAUAGUUUGCACUUUCUCCUAGUUUUCCAGGAAAUAUCAGCGGAUUCCUUAACAAUUGCCAAAUACUAGCUCUCGCAGUUUCGGCUUGCUUCUCAGCAGUUCGUCUUCAGACCUUAUUGUCGUUGGCUUUAGUAUCCGGGCACCGGCCACUAUUUCCUGGUCUGAGGAUCUUCUCUCCCUUAACGUUGAUUUUUGGUUUAAAAAUUGGUUCUAUACUGGGUACCACGAUUGAAGAUUGAAGAGGUAAAGAUUUUAAACAAAGCCGAAAGCGGUUAGGGUAUAUGAUGCCGGUAUGCUGACGAUCAGGCUCCUCUUGUUGCUCUCAGGGUAGGCUUAGGAUCCUACUAGCACCCUUUUUGAUAGAGCAAGGACAAUUUCUGAACGUUUCCUCCAGUUCAUCUAUCAACCAGCUGCCUUUCCUCCUAAAACGUGAUGAGCAAUCAAAUCGGUCUUCGUCGGUCAAAUGAACUUUGUGGCAACUUGAGACGUUGAGACGCAACUUGGUGAAAUGACGUGACUCAUCGUGACUUUUUGUAGAACGCCCUGUAAUCAAAUUUUAUAGGUGUAGGCAGGCAUCCUAUACAUUAUCAACAUAGUGGCGAUAGAACUGCAUCUCAACUUGCGCUCUACCUGCUCGCAGAUGAUUUCAGCCCCUGGUUUCCAUGCUCUGAUCAGCCCCAGCCUAAGGAUUGCAAAGGGGUUUCAUCUCCGAAUUGGGCUUGUUAAAAGGAGAAAUGUUCUUUGAGUCAGAACUUUUCUUUGGUUUUAUCUAUUACGUUAACCGAGCUAGGCAUACACAACUUAUGUACGAAUCUUUCCAUAAAUUCAUGGCGAUGAUAUGUCGUAUGGUACCUCGUCCUCCGCCCUUCGUUCAAUACAGAAAGAGCGAAUAUGCAAUAUGAUCACCUUUCGAAUCCAUUUUCCGAUGAACACAUUCUGAAAAUUGAUUUAUUACAAUCCACACUACAAUCAUCGAGAGCUCUUCCUUUGAACAAUCUUUCUUUUCAGUUGACAGGAAAGCCAUUUGCUGAAAUUGUUUUUGUGGGGAUACCCACCUACAUCAUGCAAUCGGUGACCAUUCAAAGCAUCAUAUGCACCGGGUUAAGAGCAUUUUUUUCAAAUAAGGUGCUUGGGAAAUACCAUCGGCCUCCCUCCUCCUUUCUUCUCAAUUGAAAAUUCCAAUAUUGUUUAGCAGUCAUCCCCUCCUCUAGAGCUCCAUAGAGUUUUUAUGCUCCGCUUAAUAAUCGAAGUUUCUAGUAGUUUUGUAGGAUUUUGCCAGGAGUUGCUUUGUGACUCGACGAUUGGGUGGACUUUUUGGAUGGAUGCAAUAUAAAUUGAAAUGAUUUCGAAUAGUUUGAGCAAAACUUCAAAUGCAGGAGUUACAAAAGGUAUUGGAGGAAUAAAAUGAAGCGAAUUGGAAACUGCAUAUUUGAAUAUCCUGCACAGUGCAGACAGACAGAAUAGACAGUAUUGAUUGAUUUACUGAAUUGGAAGAAAUAAAUGACAUUGUUAAAUUUCCCAGAUAAUGAUGCCCCGGGCAGGUUCUCUCUGGAUUCCUAACGAGAGGAAAAUUGCAGUGAAAUUUCAAAGGCAACUUCGUCGUAAUUUUCAUAUCUUGCGCCCCAUGACAGAGAGAAUGCCCUCCCUUUGGCGAUGAUUCCUCCUUCUUUGUAAAAUCUUUCUUCGUUGUUCUUUGGAUUUUGUUUUGUGUGCUCGCAAAAAGGAGUCAAAGUUGGUGAAGAGUCAAAUAUAUAUUUUUUAGGGACUGUUUCUAGGCUAGGGAAAAAUACAAAGCAUUAUGAACCCCCGUCGAAAUAAUCUGCUCUUAGUUAACAAGGAUAAAGGUGUAUUCUUUCGUUUUUCAUUUCCAUUGAUUUUGUAGAAAAUACUCCAUUAUAUGGGCUCUCAUUUUUUUCCAAUCGCUACUACUCCCACACUGGAGCUCUGAUAUCUUUCAAUUUAAUAACUUUGAUUUGAAAGCACAAGCAAGUAGAAAAUAUUUUUUCCAUUCAUCUCAUGUUAUUGCACACUAGGAUAUAUUCGUAAGAACCCCCAAAGUUCACAAGUGAAAAAAUGGCAGUCAAAAUGGAUAGAAAGUGAAAAACAAUAAGAAGGGAAAACAAAACUAUAUGGGAGGACAUGAAUGUAAAAGAAAAGAUUCGCCGAGAUAAAAAUAGAAAUAAAAAUUGAAACUUGAAAGGUGAAAAUUAUGAAUAAAAAACAGAAUUUUUUAUAUAAUGUAAGUAACAAAGCCGCAUAGUGAAAAUAAAAUAAAUUAAAAGGAAAAUCUAGAAAAAAAAUAUUCCAGUAAGUCUAUGCAUCAUUGAAACUAUAAAAAGAGGUAAAUAUGAAUUAUGGAGAAUCCAAAUAUGAAAUGCGAAAUAAACAUCCACAACAUUUUUAAUUUACAAUCGAA